AUGGGACUGUGUUGCGGCAGGAGUGCGCUGCCAGUCGUGGACGACACAGGGCGGCAGCACCGCACCCUGCGGCCGAAGGUGUUUGUUACCCCUGUACCCACGUUAGAGUUUGACAUUGUCGCUCCUGAGGGCAGCCCUAGUUUGGCGUUGAAUAUGACGAGAGUGAGUGGUGGUGGUGGUAUUGGCAGCAUUAUUGGCGGUGCUGCAUGCAUGGAUCAAAGUCUCCACACCGUGAGCGAAUACAGCGUGAGUUCCCCUGACCCACAGGGCCAAAGCCUCUCCGGCACGCUUCGCGAUGAGGCAAAUCGGAGUUUUGUGACGAACGGGUUGAAUGAAGUGCUGUCGGGCAACAUUGACCAGUUUGUCACCGGCGUCUUGGAGAUGACAACAUCAGAGCCCGUCAACAUCCUCGAGGAGAGUUUGUAUGCCGCCUCCACAUCCACACUUAGCCGCACACGCAACAGUCGUGGCAUCCGCCAAGGGUUAGUCACCCACUCGCUCUCACGGGAACAGGUGCGAUAUUUGGAUGCCGCAUGUGACAUGACAGAACGCAUGGCACGCUUAGUAGAACUUGAACAAAUGUCGCGUCAAGAGAUAUUUGGUGCGUGGAGAAUGAACAGUGCACUUAUGAUCUUAGCAAUGAAGCGCAUUAUGCCAACCAUCCGGCGGUUUCGCGGGACCCCACGGACGAGGAGGCAAAAAUCCGCUCAAGAGGUUCUCAUUAUACACGCCAGGGACAUUGAGCUGCAAAUGGAUGAAGAAAAGGUAAAGGAAAAUGGUGUUGCUCGCCCGGGGAAAUUAAAUCGCCGACAUGAAAGCAGUGAACAAGGUCCCCUGUUUUCCCCCAGUGAAGAACAAGAUAUGAGUAAAAGGGGUCAACCAGUAGCGGAACACUAUCAGAUGUUGGCGCUUACAGCACGUGAGAUUAGUAUGACAGCUAGUGUUCAGGCACAAGUUGUAAAUGACACAUGGGAUUUUCUUUCACUUCCUGAGGCUGCGAAUCAUCUCAACACGGGGAACGUAUUCUUUAGGUUUCUCUGUGCUCCUGUGAUGAACUUGGGGAGAGAUAGUUUGUUUUUAAUUGACACCUUCAUUAACCUAAGCAGCUUUGCGGAUGAAGUGCAGGAGAAUAAUGUACCUAAAAUUGAUAUUUUUUCUCUGGAGGAGCAGGAGAAAUAUGUAACCAUCCUUGUGAAGGUAAUGUACCUUCUUCCUGGGGUUCGUCUGUCAAAUCUGACGGCGGAUCUGGUUGCCUCGUUAGACUACCAGCGUAACUGCCAACCAGGCAUCAAUAAAUUUGAGGUUUCAGAUGUACCCAACACUUUUCGUACAAUAAAAACAGUGAUCCGUUUUGUAUUUAGCGUCACUAUUCAAAUGAAGGUGAGUGAGAUUAAUGACCCGGAGGUGCUAAAUAGCUUCAAGGACGUGGAUGGUAUGAUACCCGCAAAGGUACUGCUGCUUGAGAGAACCAAGAAGAAUAUUCAUAAGAUUGACUCCACUGUGAAGGUGCGUUCUGUGCUGUUGUACUACCCGGUGAAUGAUGGGGUGCUUGUGACGAACCAGACCAUGUUGCUCAACAGCUCGCUCCCAGUCGUUGUCUCGUCGCUCAUGCAGACAUUUGGCUCUCAGGGUGCCACGGAAGCCGCCCAGACGGCGAAACUGACACGGCGGUAUUUGAUCCGCCGGUUUGGUGACUGUCGGUCGUAG